AUGGAGCUGGUCUGCGAGGACGAGGAGCGGUUCUGGACGUAUCUGAGGCAGCUCUACGGCCAGGAAGGAGAGAGCGAGCCGUGGCCAGCUCGUCCAGGAACACGUUGGGCGGCCGGAAGCAAGAAGGUCAACGUCCACGCGCUGUUCGUAGAGAUCAUUGCAAGAGGAGGCUUUGACGAGGCGUCCAAGGACAAGAAGAACUGGUGGGAGGCUGCUGGGAUUGCCGGUAUAACUGGUGGCCUGAUAGGAACCCUCUCGUACCAGGUCAAGCUGCUAUACGCGGAGCGGCUGCUGAACUUCGAAUACUUCUUGCUCCUGACCCCGGCGUGUGAGCUCCCCAGCGCGUCUCAGGCAAGAGCAGCAAACGCGGCGUUACCGAAGCCAAAGUCAAGGAAGCGCAAACGCGCCGGCUAG